AUGAGUUGCGAAAUUUGCUGUGAUACCGGAAUCAACGACAGUGUCAAUUUGUGGAAAUGUGCUGGCUGCCCGCGACGAUUCCACGCCGCCUGCAUCGGCGUACAUCGCAAGAAGAGUGUUGACAUUACGUCAUAUGUUUUACCGUGCUGUAACAAGUGCCAGAAUUACGUACGCGCCGAGUUGGACUUUAGUGAACUUACCGAGCAGCAAAAAAAAUUCAACGAGCAACUACAAUACAAUACGGAAGUGAUCCAUCGGCUGACACUGCAACAACAAAAUGCCAGUGUUGUACAUGAAGCCGUCGACAGACUUGAGGGUCAGCUCGUCGAUCUGAAAAAUGAAUUGUUCGCAAAUAAAAGCAGCAAUCUCUUUGCGGUGACGAUAAACAAUCAUAUUACGUCACUCAUUGACACCGCAAUGAGUAACACGAAAGAGAAUAUAGCGGAUUAUAUUAAAUCAUCGACGAUGGAAUUGAAUUGCGAUCUCAGCCAAAUGCGGGAAGAAAUUCAACAACUGGGGAAUUUGUCACUGGAAAUAGCGGCAAACAUUAAUCAAACCCCACAGGAUAGUCAAGUCGAAAUAGAAAUAUUAGAGGAAUUAAGAACAUUGUCAGCCGUUAUUAUAUCAACAGGAAACAAUGUUGAACAUAUGCUACCACCUCCACCGGAGUCCUGUCCCAGUCUAGCUGAUGAGUUGCGUGCGGAACUUCCAGUUAAUCCCCCAUUUUACCCUCCAGAGAACUCAGGCUGGAGAAUUUUGGAUUCAACAAGGAGAUGGAAGCCAGAUUGGUCUGAAUACAAUGGUAGCCCUAACAAUGGCAGCAGGAAUAGGAAUAAUUUCAACAAUCGUAGAAAUAACAACAACAACAACAAUAAUAGGAAUAAUCACAACAUUCGUAACAACAACAACAACGACAACAACAAUAGCAACCGGCAAAACGAGUGCAGACCCUGCGAUCCACUGGCAGCCGGAGCCUGGAAGAUCGAGCUGAAGCGCAUUUCCGACGGCCAAUUAAACCCGACAAAGGCAAAUACGGCAGCGGCUUUCGUUUGGCGCUGGAAUUAA